GAUGAAGAGAAUGCAACCUCAGAGACGACAACGAUAAGGGAGGAGAAAGGCUUAGGAAAUACCCAUCAUGAAGAAGAUUUGGAGGACAAAGGAGAAGAGAAGUUCAACACCGUUCCAUACUACAAACUCUUCUCAUUUGCAGACUCUAUAGAUGUAACAUUGAUGAUUGUGGGUACAAUAACUGCCAUUGCAAAUGGAAUCUCCUUGCCCCUUAUGACCGUGCUGUUUGGGCAAAUAGUUGAUUCUUUUAGAGAUACCCUGGGAACCAAAAAUGUAGUCCAUGAAAUAUCUAAGGUCUGUCUGAAUCUUGUUUACCUGGCCGUGGGGGCAGGCGUGGCAGCAUUCUUACAGGUGGCGUGCUGGAUGAUCACAGGGGAGAGACAGGCGUCAAGAAUAAGGGGUUUAUACUUGAAAACAAUAUUGAGACAAGAAAUCAGUUUCUUUGACAAGGAAACAAACACAGGAGAAGUUGUUGAGAGGAUGUCGGGUGACACUGUACUCAUUCAAGAUGCCAUUGGUGAGAAGGUUGGAAAAUUUAUACAGCUGGUAUCGACAUUCUUUGGAGGCUAUGUUAUAGCUUUCAUCAAAGGUUGGCUUCUCACUCUUGUCAUGUUAUCCUCUAUUCCUCCUCUUGUCAUCUCUGGUGCAAUCAUGUCCAUUAUCAUAGCAAAGUCGGCAUCCCGUGGACAAACUGCUUAUUCAGAAGCAGCAAAAGUGGUAGAACAGACAAUCGGCUCGAUCAGAACAGUUGCAUCAUUUACAGGGGAGAAGAAAGCAAUAAGCAGAUACGAAAAAUCUCUCAUGAACGCCUACAACUCUAGUGUUCACGAAGGGUUGGUCGCAGGAUUAGGUCUUGGUGCAGUUAUGUUUAUCAUGUUCGGCGGUUAUGCUUUGGCUGUGUGGUAUGGUGGGAAGAUGAUACUUGACAAAGGAUAUACAGCAGGAGAUGUCCUUAAUGUAAUGGUUGCAGUAUUGUCUGGCUCCAUGUCUUUAGGGCAAGCGACUCCAUGCACGAAUGCAUUUGCAGCUGGACAAGCUGCAGCAUUCAAGAUGUUUGAGACGAUCAGGAGGAAGACAGAGAUCGAUGCCUAUGACACUAGCGGAAAGAUACUAGAUGACAUUCAUGGAGAUAUCGAAUUAAGGGAUGUUUACUUCAGUUAUCCUUCUAGACCAAGUGAGCAGAUUUUCAGUGGAUUCUCUCUUUUCAUACACAGUGGAACAACUGCAGCUUUGGUUGGGCACAGUGGGAGCGGGAAGUCAACUGUGAUCAACCUGAUUGAGAGAUUUUAUGACCCACAAGCAGGUGAAGUUCUGAUAGAUGGUAUAGAUCUCAGGGAGUUUCAGCUAAGAUGGAUAAGAGAGAAGACCGGGCUUGUCAGCCAGGAACCUAUGCUGUUUGCAGCUAGCAUUAAAGACAAUAUUGCUUAUGGGAAGCCUGGUGCAACCCUGGAAGAAAUUAAAGCUGCUUCUGAACUUGCCAAUGCUGCUAAAUUCAUAGAUAAACUGCCUCAGGGACUAGACACAUUAGUUGGUGAGCAUGGAAUUCAGCUGUCUGGAGGGCAGAAGCAGAGAAUUGUCAUAGCUAGAGCAAUCUUAAAAGACCCACGAAUUCUACUUCUAGAUGAAGCCACAAGUGCACUCGAUUCAGAGUCUGAAAGAAUUGUGCAAGAGGCACUGGAGAGGGUUAUGGCCAACAGAACCACCGUUAUUGUUGCCCAUCGCCUGACUACGGUAAGGAAUGCUCAUAUGAUCGCUGUCAUUCAUCAAGGAAAGAUCGUAGAGAAAGGAUCACACACUGAGCUGAUCAAAGACCCUGACGGAGUAUAUACCCAGCUGAUACACUUGCAAGAAGUGAGACGAGAUUCAGAACAGCAAGCUUUAAAUUAUGAAGACAAACAGGAAAUUACAGCGGGUUCUAAGCAUUCUAGCCAACGCAUGUCCUUUCGCCGAACCUUAAGUCGGGGUUCAUCUGGGAUUGGAAAUAGCAGUCGCCAUUCAUUCACAGGCUCGUUUGGUCUGCCCAGUGGAUACAUCCACGAAACUACAGAAACGGAACCCAAAACCCCACCUCCACCAUUAUCACGACAGAUGAAGGACGUCCCACUACGACGCCUUGCCUAUCUCAAUAAACCAGAGAUCCCAAUUCUUCUACUAGGCGUUAUAUCAGCAGGAGCUAGUGGUGUGAUACUUCCAGUUUUUGGUAUACUCAUUUCCAGUGCAAUAAAAGCAUUCUCUGAGCAGCCAAAUAAGCUAAGGAAGGACUCGAAGUUCUGGGCACUGAUGUUCGUCGUUCUGGGUUUGGCAUCCUUGGUGUUAUUCCCAUUAAGGACGUACUUCUUUUCUGUGGCUGGCUUCCGGUUAAUUAAACGCAUCCGAUCAAUUUGCUUCAAAAAUGUGGUUUACAUGGAGAUCAGUUGGUUUGAUGAUCCUGAGCAUGCAAGUGGCGCAAUCGGUGCAAGGCUUUCUACAGAUGCAGCAAUGGUCCGUGGUCUGGUUGGGGAUGCACUUGCCCUGCUCGUUCAGAACACUGCAACUGCCAUAGCUGGUUUGGCUAUUGCUUUCCAAGCAAACUGGCAAUUGGCUCUUAUAAUCCUUGUUUUGCUACCUUUGGUAGGAAUUAGCGGAUGGGCUGAAAUGAAGUUUAUGGAAGGAUUCAGUGCAGAUGCAAAGAAGAUGUACGAAGAAGCAAGUCAAGUUGCUAAUGAUGCGGUUGGGAGCAUUAGAACAGUGGCUUCUUUCUGUGCGGAAGAGAAGGUGUUGCAGCUCUACAAAACAAAAUGUGAAGGCCCGAUGAAAUCAGGGAUAAGGCAGGGCUUAGUUAGUGGGAUUGGGUUCGGGCUCUCCUUUUUCUUGCUGUUUAGUGUUUAUUCAAUCAGUUUCUAUGCAGGAGCACGGCUCGUUCAGGAUGGCAAGACAACAUUCUGGAAUGUUUUUCGUGUUUUCUUUGCUCUCACCAUGGCAGCUGUUGGAAUAUCCCAAUCAAGCACCUUGCUACCUGAUACAACUAAAGCCAAGGCUUCCACUGCUUCAGUAUUUGAAAUUGUUGACCGAAAGUCAAAGAUAGAUCCCAGUGACAUCUCUGGAAUGACACUAGAAAAUGUGAAAGGAGAAAUUGAAUUUAGGCAUGUCAGUUUUAGUUAUCCUACAAGGCCUGACGUUCAAAUCUUCCGUGACUUAUGCUUGACAAUUCAUUCCAAUAAGACUGUCGCACUUGUUGGGGAAAGUGGAUGUGGGAAAUCAACAGUGAUCUCCUUGUUGCAGAGAUUUUAUGACCCUGACUCGGGUCACAUUAUGCUAGAUGGAGUUGAAAUUCAAAAGCUACAGUUGAAGUGGUUGAGACAGAAGAUGGGUCUUGUAAGCCAAGAACCUGUCUUAUUCAAUGACACAAUCUGGGCCAACAUUGCAUAUGGAAAGGAAGGAAAUGCAACAGAGGCUGAGAUUUUAGCAGCAGCGGAGAUGGCAAACGCCCACAAGUUCGUCAGUGGAUUGCAACAGGGAUAUGAUACCAUGGUAGGAGAGAGAGGUGUCCAAUUGUCGGGAGGGCAGAAGCAACGGGUUGCUAUCGCACGUGCAAUAGUGAAGGGACCCAAGAUUUUACUGUUAGAUGAGGCGACAAGCGCACUUGAUGCUGAAUCCGAGCGAGUGGUACAAGAUGCACUGGACCAAGUAAUGGUGAACCGAACCACAGUUGUAGUGGCCCAUCGAUUAUCCACAAUCAAGGAUGCAGAUGUAAUUGUGGUGGUUAAAAAUGGAGUUAUCGUUGAGAAAGGGAACCAUGAAACUCUAAUCAAUGUAAAGGAUGGUGCUUAUGCAUCAUUAGUAUCACUUUACACGAGUGCUUCAUCAUCCAACUGAUCCUCAUUUUCUUGUAAUCAGUUUCUCGUUCUAAGUUUCUAACAUUUUCAGAUCAAGGAGCAUGGUUGUUAAUUUUC